CACUUCCUGGUCGGGGCGGGGGCUCGGGGGCCGUGCUCGCGGCCCGUACCCCUCCUCCCGGGAGCGUUGGCCCUCCGCCCCUCCCUCGGCGGUCACCUGGCCGGGCGGCAGGUGCCCGGGCGGUGACCUCCCCGCGAGUCUGCUGGGGCGCCCGGCGCCGGGGCCGCGGAGCGCGAGCCGGGAGCCGCCGCGCCUCUGGUGGCCUGGGGAGGUGGCGGCUGGCCCGCCCCCCGCGUUCCGACCGCGAGGACUCGGCCGGCGGAGGAAGGUCCAGCUGCGAGGAAACGCGCUCGCUUCGCCCCCACCUUGCGCAAGCCGCUUGGCUGCAAAUUCUGAUGCUUCCUGAUCUUACCAGAAGGUGCCAACAGAGAUUUCAAACACCCACCAGGAGUUCUCAAAUAGUCUUUAAAUUGUGGUUGACCAAAACACGGAGUGAUUGCGUCCGCCCAGUCGCGGCACCAGGAAUAACUGCUGGGCUCACUCCUGCAUGGGCAGAGACAGCUACCUCACAGCCACCGUCCGGCUAACAGUGAUCGUAAGAUGCCAUCAGAGUCCUGACAGAAAAGAUAGGAAAAAUGUUGGAGAACAGUUCACCCUAAACACACAUUUACAUGGUAUGCCGGGAACCGAAAGUAAGAUAAUUGAAGGCAGUAAAACUGAAAUAAAAUAGGAAGAUCAUCAGCCAAGAAAGACCUACUGGAGAAAGCGGAGGAUGGAAAAUAAAGGGAAGCAGUGUUUUAUCGUAUGUAUUUCAGCAAGCCUUCUGAAAUUUAACUAGAAAUAUGACUGCUCUUUCUUCAGACAACUGCUCUUUUCAGUACCAGUUACAUCAAACAAAUCAGCCCCUAGAUGGAAACUGUCUCCUAUUCUUGAUUAUACUCGGGAAAAUAUUAUUAAAUAUCCUCACAUUAGUAAUGAGAAGAAAAAACACCUAUCAGAAUUUUAUGGAGUACUUUUGCAUUUCACUAACGUUCAUCGAUCUUUUACUUUUGGUAAACAUUUCCAUUAUAUCCUAUUUCAGGGAUUUUGUACUUUUAGGCAUUAGGUUUACUACAUACCACAUCUGCCUAUUCACUCAAAUUAUUUCUUUUACUUAUGGCUUUUUGCAUUAUCCAGUUUUCCUGAUAGCUUGUAUAGACUAUUAUUUGAAUUUCUCUAAAACCACCAAGCUUCCAUUUAAGUGUCAAAAAUUCUUUUAUUUUUUUACAGUAAUUUUAAUUUGGAUUUCAGUCCUUGCUUAUGUUUUAGGAGAUCCAACUAUCUACCAAAGCCUAAAGGCACAGAACGUUUAUUCUCAUCAAUGUCCUUUCUACAUUAGCAGUCAGAGUUACUGGCUGUCAUUUUUCAUUGUGGUGAUUUUAUUUAUGGCUUUUACAACCUCUUGGUCAGAAGUUAUUACCUUGAUACAGGCUAUGAGGGUAACUUCCUAUAUGAAUGAGACUAUCUUAUAUUUUCCCUUUUCAUCCCACUCUAGUUAUACUGUGAACUCUAAAAAAAUACUCUUGCCUAAGUUCAUUAUCUGUUUUCUUGGUACCUGGUUACCAUUUGUACUUCUUCAAGUAAUUAUCCUUUUACUUAAAGUACAGAUUCCAGCAUAUAUUGAGAUGAACAUUCCAUGGUUAUACUUUGUCAAUAGUUUUCUCAUUGCUACCGUUUAUUGGUUUAAUUGUCACAAGCUUGAUUUACGAGACAUAGCAUUACCUGUGGAUCCAUUUGUCAACUGGAAAUGCUGCUUCAUUCCACUUAUAAUUCAUAAUCUUGAGCAAAGUGAAAAGCCUAUAUCAAUAAUAAUUUAAUGUUUCCUUGUUAAAACUAAUUAAAACUUACAACUAAAAAAAAAAUCUUACAACUACAAUAAGAAUCAUAAUUUUGUGAAGAAGAAAGGAUGAUGACUCAGGACAUGUAAGGAACGAACUGAACUGAAGCUUUCCCCUCACCUAACUUUAAUACCUUUUCAGAAUGUGUCUUUUGGGACUAUGAUAUUUUUUUUUUUAAACAAAAUCCAAGAAAAUUUUUAUACCUGUUCAGGAACACUCAUGUUAAAAAUAUUCAUUUGUUAACACAGAAGUGAAACGAGUUAACAUUUGGCCAUACUGAUGUUGGUGUUACCCAAAAAACUACUGGAUGCAAACUGUUAUGUAAACCUGAGAUUCACUGCCAACUUUAAGAUAUGAACUUUAAUAAACAUUUUUAUGAAAAUUCA